AUGAGGGAGAGGGUGAUGGGCGAACCUUGUCCUAAGAAAGCCACCUUGGCUAAAGUUGUGCCAACCCCAAAUAACGGAUCAGUAGAACUAGUGCCGCUCCACAGAGACCAGGGUGAGGAUGGGCAGGAGGCUCUUUCCUUUGAAUUUCAGAAAAUCAAAUACUCGUAUGAGAUAGACGGCAAGAAACAGUUUCUUCCUGUAGCUUUCCCUGUGGAACAUCCCCUUUGUUACUACCAGAAUGCCCGAGGCUAUCAGGAGGACAAAGAUAUCCGAGCAGCUGAGAAGAAAUACGGUACAAACAAGGCUGAGAUGGUGGUGCCAGAAUUCUUGGAGCUCUUUAAAGAAAGAGCUACAGCUCCAUUCUUCGUCUUUCAGGUGUUCUGCGUGGGUUUGUGGUGCCUGGAUGAAUACUGGUAUUACAGUGUUUUCACCCUCUCCAUGUUGGUUGCAUUCGAAGCUUCUCUGGUCCAGCAGCAAAUGAGGAACAUGUCAGAGAUUCGAAAAAUGGGCAACAAGCCAUACAUGAUCCAGGUUUACAGAAACCGCAAGUGGCGCCCCAUUUCCAGUGACGAGAUUAUUCCAGGGGAUAUCGUUUCCAUUGGCCGAUCUCCUCAUGAAAACCUAGUGCCGUGUGAUGUGCUGCUGUUACGUGGAAGGUGUAUUGUAGAUGAAGCUAUGCUGACGGGAGAGUCUGUGCCACAGAUGAAGGAGCCUGUGGAGGAUCUCAGCCCAGAGCACGUCCUGGACAUGCAGACAGAUUCCCGCCUACACAUCAUUUUUGGGGGAACAAAAGUGGUGCAGCACAUCCCGCCCCAGAAAGCCAGCACAGGACUGAAACCUGUCGAUAAUGGGUGUGUGGCGUAUGCUCUGAGGACCGGCUUCAACACGUCUCAGGGGAAAUUGCUACGUACAAUCCUCUUUGGGGUGAAGAGAGUGACAGCCAAUAACUUAGAGACCUUCAUUUUCAUCCUGUUCCUGCUGGUCUUUGCCAUUGCUGCUGCAGCAUACGUCUGGAUUGAAGGCACCAAGGAUCCUAGCAGGAACCGUUACAAGCUCUUCCUGGAGUGUACUUUAAUACUGACUUCGGUCGUUCCACCUGAACUUCCCAUUGAGCUCUCUCUGGCUGUCAACACCUCUCUCAUCGCCUUGGCCAAGCUCUGUAAGUACCAAGCCUAA